CAGCCGAGAAUAAACCGGGUUAUCAGUGUUAGCGAGUUAGCUAGCUUGCUAACCUGCCACAGUGAAGCAACAGGUUAAUGUCGCUUGUAGCGUUGAUCAUUUCUAGUUACCCAGGUGUAGCAGGCCUACGACUUUCAGAGAUGAAGCUGAAAAGGGUAGAAAGCCCUCGAUUAGAUGAUUGUCCACAGGAUAUAGGAGAAGACUGGGAUUGAAUGUGUCGUAUUAGUUUUGUUUCCAUAAAAUCCCUCGUUACCUUCCCCGUUCACGUUGUAACUUACAGAGUUGAUUUUUUAGAAACUUUUCUCUGUUAAUUAAUCGUCGUUAGAGCUGCAGUUGUCGAUUAGUGUCACUAUAAAGACAAGGGCACCAACACUGAACUACUAAAGAAGAAAUUGAGUUAGAGAUAGAUUAUUGUGGGUUGCCAGUAGAAGAAUGCGACGCUCAGGAGCUCCCAGCCAGCUCUUGGGUAAUGCAGUGAAAAAGCCUCGGUUUGUUCAUCCUGGAGCAUCUACUUCAUGUCUCCUGGCUGAAUCCAAGCCCCUUACCCCUAAACUUGGUUUGGGCAAUGCACUGGAAAAGGUCCAGAGAAGUCUAGCAGCACCAGCUCUGAGUAAAACAGAGUAUGAAGCCCAGCCCAAGGCUGCCAAGCCUGCUCCAGCCUUGUCAAAGGCUCUGGCUCGUGUUCUUAGUGCAACGGAAAGUAAGGAAAAUGAGGCUGAGACAGGACAUCCUAACGCUGGCUCGGACGAGUUCACAGAAGACAACAGACCAGCAGGAGUGAACGGUUACCCUCAGUUGAUUCCCGGGUCUUCUCAAACCCCUCAGCCUCCAGUGGGGUCAGCCUGUGUUUCUGGAGCCACAGGCUCAGACUCCGGCUGCAGUCAGGACGGAGUGCGUUACCUCAGUGUGAUGUGGUGUAAGGCCAGUAAGAAGAAACACAAGCGCUGGGAGGGCGAUGCAGUCCUGGUUACAAGAGGACGCACAGCCACACUGAAAGAUAUGGAGGGCAAGGAUAUUGGCAAGGGAAGUGGCUAUAAAGUGUCCGUGCUGGCCUCCCUGUCUGAGGGAGAGACCCUGAUGAUUGGAGGGAAGGAGGUGGAGGUGAUGGGGGUCAUUUCUGCUGAGGACUUCGCCAGGGGACGUUGUUUCCAAGAGGUCCAAGUAGAGAAAGAGGAGCCACACACAAAGUCGGCUCCACCUCCCUCUCGUCGCUUGGGGUCCAAACCUUUCUGCCCCCCAACGAUGUUGGGGAGAACAGAUAAUCCAGGAUCCAAACCAGGGGAGGAACAAACCUGCAGACCUCGCCAUGACCCACUGGCUGCAGGUGCACUGGUGAUGCCUCGUCCCUCUACUAAUCACCAGUGGUCUAAUAACAAGUCGGGGCUUCCUGUGGUUGACGUUGUUGUCGACCCAUACCUGACCACUCACCUGCGACCCCACCAGAGAGACGGCCUGCUCUUUCUCUAUGAGUGUGUCAUGGGCAUGAGAGCUAUGGGUCGCUAUGGGGCUAUCCUGGCUGACGAGAUGGGUCUGGGGAAGACCCUCCAGAGCGUGGCACUGUCCUGGACGUUGCUCAAACAAGGAGCGUACGGUGGGAAACCAGUCGCUAAGCGUGUCCUUGUGGUUACCCCUGGCAGCCUCGUGCAGAACUGGGGUGCAGAGUUUAACAAGUGGUUGGGCCGUGAGAGGAUCAGCAUUUUCACUGUGGAUCAGGACCACCGGAUAGAGCAGUUUGUAUUAUCCCCUCUGCACAGCGUUCUUGUCAUCAGCUAUGAAAUGCUGCUGCGCUGCCUGGAGCAGGUUCAGAAAGUGGAGUUUGGUCUUGUAAUUUGUGACGAGGGCCACAGACUAAAGAACAGCAGCAUCAAAACGUCCUCAGCCCUCAGCAGCCUGAGCUGUAACCGCAGAGUCAUACUAACAGGCACCCCAGUACAGAACGACCUGCAGGAGUUCUAUGCUAUUAUAGAGUUUGUUAACCCGGGGAUUCUCGGGUCGUCCACUGCAUAUAGGAAAGUGUAUGAGGAGCCCAUUCUACGCUCCAGACAGCCCUCCUGCACAGAGGAGGAGAGAGUUUUGGGAGAAGAGCGAGCAGCAGAGCUUUCUCGUCUGACUGGCAUGUUCAUCCUGAGACGGACGCAGGAGAUCAUCAACCGCUACCUGCCUCCUCGUCUCGACUGGACGUUGUUCUGCGACCCGUCCCCUCUGCAGCGAGAACUGUACAAGCAUCUCCUAUGCCACAGAGUCUUCAGAGCCUGCCUUCAGGGCUCCACGCAAACUCACACACACCUGGCCUGCAUCACUGCCCUGAAGAAGCUCUGUAACCACCCUGGUCUGCUCCACUCCACUGUCAAGGAAAAAACAGACCGUGGUUCAGUGGAGAGCUCUUUAUACGAGGGCCUGGUAGAGCUCUUCCCGGAAUCCUACUCUUCAGGUGGAUUCAACACUGCUGACUCUGGAAAACUUCUGGUUCUGUCGGACCUGUUGACCGCCAUCAGACAACUCAGCCCUUCAGACAGGGUGGUUGUAGUGUCCAACUAUACUAAGACACUUGACUUGCUCCAGGACUUGUGUGUACACUUGGGCUACACCUUCUGCCGACUUGACGGACAGACACCCACCAGCCAGAGACAGCGGCUGGUUGACAGUUUUAACAGUCCCUACUCUCAGACCUUCCUGUUUCUGCUGAGCUCCAAAGCAGGUGGAGUGGGGCUUAAUCUGGUGGGUGCUUCCCACCUGGUGUUGUAUGAUAUUGACUGGAAUCCUGCCAAUGACAUUCAGGCCAUGGCUCGAAUAUGGAGAGAUGGACAGAAGAAGGCAGUGCACAUCUAUCGUCUCCUCACUGCAGGCACUAUUGAGGAGCGUAUAUUCCAGAGACAGGUGUCGAAACAGGGGCUUUCGGGGACAGUGGUUGACCUGGGCAAAGGGGCGGAGCACACCAGCUUCUGCACCAGUGAACUGCAAGAUCUUUUUAGCCUGACAGACACGCCCUCUCUAACACAUGACCUGCUGAACUGCAGCUGCAGCAUGGACGGUUCAGUCCAGGCUGUCAUAGAGGAGGAGGAGUUGCACGUUUCUGAUAGGCCGUGCCAGCUCGGUCGUCAGGGUGACCGCGGGGGGCCAGCGCAGAAGCAUCUCAGCAUGUCUGAGCUGAUGCAGUGGAGACAUUUCUCUGGUGACACAUACACCUUCUCAGACCCCUACAUCGAUCAGGCACGAAACCACAUCACCUUCGCCUUUCAGACCACCAUCUCUCACACAGCUCAGUAAACAAACACACUAGAUUACACUCUAGAUAUAGAUGACUCACACACAUAUAUUUCUUCUACAUGUUUGUCUUCAGGCCCUCUGGGCUUUGUCUGCAGCCUGGCUACAACAUAUUACUAAACACUCAACAGUUGCUGCCAACAACAGCAAUACAGUUUCCAACAGUUUUAAGUGACAUUGUUUGUGGGAUUCUGUAUCUUGUCUUGAAUGUUUUCUUUAUUUAUUCAAAGAAAUUUGCUGUAAAACUUCAUUAAAUAAAUGAAAUUCAAAAGGAAUGUGUGUAAUAAACAGGCUUUUAAGGAGA